UCCGCGGCGUCGGCGGCCGCGUCGUACUCCAACCUGGGCACGCUGAGCGUGGCGGCCAGCCAGGCGGCCAGCCUGGGCAUGAACCCUGCGAGCACGGCGGCGUGGUGGACCAUGGCGGCGUCGCACCUGGCGGCCCAGGACUACCUGGCCAGGCUGCAGGCGCAGGCCAGCGGGCUGUCGUUCCCCGGCAUGGGCGCGGAGAGCAUGAUCCCGGGCUACUCCAGCCUCAUGUCCGUGCCGCACUCCCAGCACCUGUCCAGCAGCAAGAGCAGCAAGAGCUCCAAGAACGCGGCGGCGUCCGCGCUGUCCGUGCCGUCCUCGCUGUCCGUCUCCGCGCACCCCUCCUCCAACUCCAGCUCGCACCGGAGCCGCGAGCGGGAGCGCGAGCGGGAACGGGCCCGCGAGCUGGAGCGGGACCGCGAGCGAGAGCGCGAGCGCGAGCGGGAAAGAGAGAGAGAGCGCGAGCGGGAGCGGGAACGAGAAAGAGAGAGGGAACGUGAGAGGGAGCGCGAGAGAGACCGAGAACGCGAGCGCGAGCAGGAGCAACUGAACGCCGCCGCCCUCGCCGCCGCGGCCGCCCUGGGUGCGGCGGGAGGACAGCCCAACCUAAUCAAUGACUCUGCCAGCAUCCUAGGCGGCGUCCGUCUGCCCCCGGACACUGAAAUCAUCAAAUACACGUCCUCGAUAGUGGGGCCCAAGGUGCCGGGCAACACGAACCGGGGCCGCAAGAAGACCAUCUCCCUGGACCCGCCCUCCGUGAGCGUGACGCCCACGCACUCCUCGACGGGGCUGCUGAUCGACCGGUACCGGAGACCGCUGCCCCCGCUGGACUCCGUGAGGCCCUUCGACGCCACGGACCGGGACCAGGGUCGGGGCGAGGGAGGGCGUGAUGGCCGGGAGCGCGACCGGGACCGCGACGCGAGGAAGCAGCCCGCGCACACCAGCAACGGCACGCUCAACCUCGCGGGGUCGCCGCGGUUCACGCCGGCCGCCUCGGAGGGUGACGAGGCGCCCCUCGACCUGUCCAAGCCCGUGUCGAAGCGCGAGGACGGCGACGACCUCACGCUGGACAUGUCGACCCUCAAGGCCAGCAAGGCCGCCGUGCUGCACGCGCAGAUGUCCUCCCUGUCUUCCUUGUCGGCCAUGUCGGCGCUCGGCGCGCCGCCGCCCGCGCACUCGGACCGAACCUCUCGCCGCAAGCCCGGUCCCAAGCCGAGGCGGGUGCCUCAGACGCCGCCUGCCGCACACAGCCCGGGGCUGACGGGGCUGAGCCCCGCUGCCACACCCGCCGCCAUCCCCCCCGGCGCCAUCCCCCCCGGGCUGCCGGCCCUCCCUCCGGGGCUGCUGGGCGUAGGCGUGGGCGUCCCCGGAUCGCCCAGCGCCUCGCUGGCGCAGUUGUUCGCCGCGGCCGACACCCGCCCGGACGACAGCGACUCGCCGACCCACAAGGACGGCCGGCCGCGCAACCUGGGCCGCGGCGUGUCCAAGCCCAAGAAGAACACGGUGGCGUCCUUGCUCGCGCAGAGCCGCGCGCUGGGCAUCAAGCCGUCGCCGAACAUGGACCUGGAGGCGCAGUUCUCGUUCCUCAGGAACACGAUCGCGGCCGCCGAAGAACGACGUCAAAGUCCUCUCGCAGCGUUCUUGAAUGGAAUGGUGUUGCUUGCAGAUCGCGAUGCCGAAGGGGACUACAGCAACUCUCAUGAUAGCCAGGAUGACGAGAAGUCCAACCACAAAGCCGAUGAUUUCCAAGAAGAUCCAAUGCACGAUCGGGAGGAGGGCACUGAGGCGCCACCUACUGAGGAACCUGUUCGCGAUCAAGAAUCAAAACUAGAGCAAAAUGAGAAACCUGCCGAAGAGUCUGAGCCUGAGUUAAAAGAAUGUACCCCUGAUGACAGUGCAAGUCAAAAUGACAUUACCGGUCACUCUGGGGAUCCUAACAAGCUAGGCGAAAACUGUAAAGAUCCAAAGAAUUUGGUGGAUGGUGAUCAGUCUGCCUCUGAAAAUGACCUCUCCUCAGAUUCAGAUCUUGAUGAUCUUGAUGACGGCAGUGGGGAGCCAAGUCCAAAGAAACGAAAAUUAACGCCUCUUGAUGAGAAACUACUUCGUCUUCCAUUGGAAAGAGGAUGGCGCCGAGAGACCCUGAUUCAAAGACUUAGCCGUUCUGGCUUGAGCAUAAAGGGGGAGGUGACGUACAUUUCACCGUGCAAUCGGCGUUUUAAGCAGUACCCAGAACUCCUCAAGCACUUGGCUGCUUUGGCAGUUGCUGCUGACCAGACUGCCACGGCACACCAGCCUUCAUUGCCCCCUCUGACCCGAGAAAACUUCACCUAUUCCUCAAAAGUUGUUAUUGGUGACUUUCUGCAGCCCACUGUUGGAGAGCAGACAGUCCGUUUAAGUGACUCUGAAGUGGCUAAGAGGCUAGAGGAGUUAGUGGCAAUGCGUGGUCAAACUGGCAGCCAGCACAGCAAUGCACAAAUGAAGGAGCAAAAGUUGCAGCAACUGAAACAAGACAAGGAGGCUAAGAUAAAGGCUCGUGAAGAGGCAGCUAAGCAGAAGGAGCAACUCAGGAUCCAGAAAGAGCAGGAGCGGUGUGAAAAAGCUGAAGCACUAAAGCGUGAACGUGAGCAGCGCAAUCAACAAUUACUCGAGGGCCGCAAGAGACUGGCUUUCACGGCUGAACAAAAGUUGCACAUCAUUCGAGAAAUAGAGGGAGGGCGCAGCAAGUCGGAUGUGAGUCGAGCUUUUGGACUGGCCAGCUCCACAGUUGCAACCAUUUGGAAAAACAGGGAAGGCGUUUUGAAUGCUCUUGAAAAUCAAGUCUCUAAGGAGCGCCCUCCUUCCCGAACCCCUCCCAAGGGGUCACCAAAUAAUCUUCAGUGCAACAAUCUAUCAAUUGCACCUUCAACCGCCCCACUGGCAGCAUCUCCUCCUCCAAAGAGCAUCACUCCACCACCUGCCCUUGCAGCGACGCCUCCAAUCAUCCCCCAAACUGAUGACAUGCUAUACAUGCAGGAGAUGAAUAAGCAGCGGGAAUUGCUCUACACUGUGGAGCUGGAAAGAGAAAGGAGGAGACAACAUAUGGCCCUUGUAAGAUCGUUGGAGAACAGGAAGAGGCUUGAAGAGAGGGAAAGGAAGAGGCUUGAAGCAAGAGCUGAAAAAUUAGCAAAUCGAGAAAAGAAGUUAGAGCAGAGACGCAUUGAUGUAGAACUUCUGACUGAAAUUCGCAAACCUGUGGAAGAUAUGGAACUACCUGAAGAGAAAAGUCUUCCUAAGCUAGAACGCGUACCCGGCCUACAGCUGUGCGGUCAAGCAUUUCUAGACAUACUCAUGGUUUUUGAAUUCCUCCAUACAUUUGGUGAAACAUUAGGAUUUGAUAUGGAAAGUCUACCUACAUUAAGUAGCCUUCAGUCUGCUCUACUUUAUGACCAAGACACUGAAGAAGAAAUGCUCUCUGUGAUGACACACUUGCUUGUAUGUGCAAUUGAGGAUCCUGGUAUUCCUAACCCAGCUCGCCAUAUUACAAUAUUAGGUCAAAGUUUAAAACAAGCUGAUAUAACUCACAGCAAUAUUUCUGAAAUUUUAAGAAUAUACUUAUAUGCUAAUGCCACUGGUGAAGUGAAGGCUCUCUCUGGACUGAAUUUUGAACGUGAUAGAGAAAAGCGUAUGUCAGAUCAUCACAAUAGUUAUGAUGAUACUUGUCCAACUAUUGGAAAGAAUGCUGCUUUUUUUGCCUGUUUGAGGGAAAACUCUACAUGGGCAAUGUCUGAAUGGCUUCGCACACAUCCUUUCCUUGCUCUCAGCCCAACAUGCAAAGCUUCUAUACUUGCAUUUUUGUGUAAUGAAUUACUCCAAAACAAAGCAGUUACUGGUCAAAUUGAAAAGGCAAUUGAAAAUGCGGGUGAAUUGAGGAAAAAUCGUUACAUUCUUGACAACAAAAUUAGGAAGCUUCGUAUGUUGCAUCAAAGAAAAGCUAGGAUUGCAGCUAUUCAAACUGCCACAGCUCAAGCAGGAAAUGUUCAAGCAGCAGCAAUCCAGGCUGCUGCAAUUCAAGCAGCUGCAACUCAAGCUGCAGCGAGUCAGGCGGCUGCAACACCAGCUGUGGCAACUCAGGCUGCCAAUGGUCAAGCGCCGACAUCUCAAAGUAGUGAAUCCGAAACAAAUAGCGAAGCUCAACCGGAAUCUACUGAAACUGCAGCUACUGCUACUCCUUCGGUAGAUACCUCCACCACAUCUUCUGAUAAUCCUACCCCGACUCCAGUGGAUCCAAGUGCUAAAACUGAAGACAUUGUUGCUGCAACCAAACCAAAUAGCACUGAAUGUGCCAAAAGUGAGUCUGCAGCCACUCCAGCCACACCUGCCACUACUCCAGCCAAAAAGCAAUCUGGACCUGUUGAAGCUGAGGAAGCUGAGGAUGAGAAUGAGGAUGAUAGUUGCAAUGAGAGUGAGGGAAUCCUGCCAGAAGAAGAAGAAGAUUUAAGAUUAAGUGCUGAAGAAUUAGCAAAGAAAAUUGACAGAGUAACUCGUCAAAUUGAACAAAAUCUUCAAAACUUAAAUGCUUCUUGUUAUCAAUUAAGAGCUACUGCCUUAGGACAGGAUAGGUAUUACAGACGUUACUGGACACUACCAACAGCAGGGGGUGUGUUUGUGGAAGGGAUGGAGAGUGCUGAGCCUGAUGUUUACAAUGAGAUGAAAAACCAUGAGGGUACUUGUAAGAAGAGACCAAGAAGUGAAGAUGAUGAAGGGAGCAGUGAAGAGAGUGAAGAGGAUGGUCAGAGACCAAGCAAAGAACGAAAGGAAGACAGCGAAGACAUUAGUGAAGAUGAAGGAGUAAAUGGUACUGAUGCAACCGAUGGUGAUGACAACGAUGCAGAGGAUGAGGAUGAAGAAGUUACCUCAAUCACUGAGAGAGACGUAACAAACGAAACUGCAAAUGGUGGGAACAACUCAGAUAACAUCAACAAAGAUAUGACAGAAAUAAAGAAAGAAGUAGAACAUACAGAAACGGAAGUUGUUAAAGAGGAAACCCCACCUGUUUCUGAUGCAGUGAAGAUAGAAACUAGUGAAAAAGAAGAUAAUAAAGAGGUUUCUAUCAAGGCAGAGGACAAUGAAGAAUCCAAGCCAGAAAAGCAGGAAGAGUGUACAGUAAAAAAAGAGGUGAAACCAGAUAUGGAAGAUAUUAAGCCAAUUGUGAAGUCAGAGGAUGGUGUUAUUGCGGAGAAGUCAACAGUAGAUAAUACUGCUCUAAGUUCUGAAAAAGUUGACCCAAUAGGAUCAGAGCUUGUGUCAUCUCCUGAGGGAGAGAAGAGUGUCCAGAAAAGUGAGGACCCUGAUACAAACUCUAGGGAUGAAGCAGAUGCCAAACCUGCUGUGAACCAUGUAGACACUAAUAAUCAGGCAUCAAAUGUUUGUCCUCAUACCAAUUCAAAUAACACUCUAAACAGUGCCAAGGAUUUGAAUGGUGGAUGCAGUAGUCCUGACAGUCCUGAAAAGACAUGGUUCAGCAUCAUCCCCAGAGACUCCUGUGACAACACAUCAGUUGGCAACAAUCCUGCAAGGCUUGUUGAUGGAGAAUUAAGAGUUCCUGUUUAUGGCUGUGGGCGUCUCCCUUCACCUGUGUCAAUGAUGCCCCUGUGUGAGUCUCCACCCCCUCUAAUGAUGACAACUGAAGAAGCAGAGGAACUAGAGAGGGUCAAAAUUCAUGGUCCCCCUGAACCACUUCCAUGCCAGCCUAUUCCCAAAGAAAUGAUGAGAGGCUGGUGGAAAAUAUCCAAACCAGAACAUUUAACUGAAAUUACAGAUGCUUUGCAUCAGCGAGGUAUCAGAGAAGGGGAGCUAAAGAGAAAUUUGGUUAAACAUCUUGAAUCAUCUUUAGAAGCAUCAGUAUCAACUUGUCCUGCUCCAAAUGACAUGAAUCUCAUUGAGUUGCAUUGCUCUGAUGUGGAUAUCCCCAUGGAUUUGGGAGCUCCUUCUGCCGAUGUACCAGUGCAGUGGUCGGACGAUGUUGCAUUGAGAGUGGAUCUAGCAAUUUUGGAACAGGUGGAGGCUAUGGAAGACAGAGUUGCCAAUGCAAGUAUGCAGGUGAAGGGAUGGAAAGUUCCUAAUAGAGCAACCUCUGAGGAAGGAUUCAAAUUCCGACCUUCAUGUCUGGAUGGGCAUGUCGAAGAAGGAGACCAACGAGUUAACCCAAUCACUGUAGCCAAAGAUCGUCUCCUUUGCCUGGAAGCUGCCAUAGAGAGGCGCUAUUUGAAACCACCACUAGGAAUCAGUGUUGGGGAUGUGAAUCUUAUGGGAUUGUCAGGUGAUUCAUCUAUGCCUGAUCCGGAAAGUUUACCUAAAGGUCUUAUCAUUUGGCGUGAAGCUGUUUCUAGAGCGCAUACUGCUGCUCAGCUAGCUAUGUCUUUGUAUAUGUUGGAGUCAUCCAUAGCAUGGGAUAAAAGUAUCAUGAAAGCUAACUGUCAAUUUUGCCACUCGGGAGACAAUGAAGAUAAAUUACUACUUUGUGAUGGAUGUGACAGGGGUUACCACACUUACUGCUUUAAACCUAGAAUGGAAAAUAUUCCUGAUGGAGACUGGUACUGCUUUGAGUGCAUGAAUAAAGCAACAGGAGAAAGAAAUUGUAUAGUGUGUGGAAAGAAAACUGGACGCAACCUGGUUUACUGUGACAACUGUCCACGUGUGUAUCAUACUGAUUGUCUCACACCACCACUGAAUAAGGUACCACGUGGCAAAUGGUAUUGCCAAAAUUGCCAUUCAAAAGUACCAAAGUCUAAACGAACAAGUAGCAACAAGAAAUCUACACCCAGCAAAACAUCAAGAAGCGAUAAAGACAAGAAUGAAAACACUAGAGAUAGUGAAAGCAGUGAUCCGCCACCAUCCAGUCCUCCUUCACUGAAGUCUCCGACUCCUAUGGAUGUUCACAGUGAGCCUCCAGAAAUGGAUUAUAUGGCAGACCUUUGUUCUGCGAAGCAUGUUGGGGAUAACAAAUUAAAUGACAAUGUUAUUAAACAUCCCAACACACCACCACCAUUAUCUCCCCUUCCUGCUCCAAGCAGUUCUGUUACAUGUACUCAUGUAACACCAAAAAAAACUAAUAAGCGGUUGGCUAAGGAACUGACACCUUGCCGCAUGCUGAUAGAUGAGUUGGAGGAACAAGAGGAAUCUUGGCCAUUUCUUCUUCCAGUCAAUACAAAACAGUUCCCAACUUAUCGUAAGAUAAUAAGAUGGCCAAUGGAUCUAAGCACAGUCAAGAAAAAGCUCAUCGAUGGACAGUAUAAAUCAAGAGAAGACUUCUGCUCUGAUGUUCGUCUCAUCUUUAAUAAUUGUGAAACGUUCAAUGAAGAUGAUUCACCUGUGGGAAAAGCUGGUCAUGGCAUGCGAACGUAUUUUGAAACUCGUUGGGGAGAAAUUAAUGGGCAUGGACACAAGGGAAGUCCACACUCAACUUUAAGCCCGUCACGCUGAUAAACUGUUAGCUUGAAGCUCAAUUUUAUCAGUAGAGUUCAAAUUUUUCAUUUUUAAACAAAAUGAAGCUUUUUGUGAAUAAUAAAACCACUGUGUAUUGGUUAAAAACACAAAGUCACAGAGGUUGAGAAAAUGUUCAGUAUUCUUUCCUGUCAUGCAGAGUGGACUUUGUUUGUAACAGUACUUGUCCCUUUUGAAGACAGUGAUACCUGUGAUAAACAUGUGAUCGUCAUUUUGAAGUGAGCCAAUCUUAAAACCACAUACAUCACUGUACAAUAAUUAUUUUUUGAUACAUUUGUAUAUAUGUGCGACUGUUGGACAUUUCAGUGAAGUGUGUCAGUUACUACUGUAUGUGUCUCGCAUGGAAACAUUUUGUAACAAAUCAGAUUUGCACAAGUUUAGUUUGCUUCUUGUCAUAUGUGUUAUGAGAGUCCUAUAUAAGUUGAUAAGAUGUUACCUCUGGUAUCCGCUAGUUUCUUUGUGAUACAAUGAUGAAGAAUAAUGCCAUUUAUUUGAGAAAAAUACGAAAGGCAUGUGAGUGUUUACAAAUAAAGCGAGUAGAUAGUGAAAAUGUAAGAAUGUCUCCUUUAUUUCCUUUGGCGAGGUACAAAGCCAUAUUUUGCACCCAAGGUACCAAAUUUUAAUUCAUAACAAAAUUCUUCAUGCGUCACAAGGCCACUAUGUAAAAUUUGGCCCAAACAAAUUGCGCGUGGCGAAAAUAAGUUUAAAAAUCACGUUGAGUGUCAAGUCACAAGAGAAUCCUGCCUUAGAGUCACUAAUCCUAAGACAAUGGAGCCUUUGUCAUGACCUAUAAAGAAGCUCCGUACACAGGAAUAAAAUACUUUAAGAAACUUGUCACAGGUUUUUCAGUUAACUAAUUCCAUUAAAUGCCCCAGAGGCAUAGGAAAUAAACUAGUUAAAAGUCACGCAACCACUUUGACUGUAGGCGCAAGCUUCGUUCGACCGCGUUCGAAUUUCGAAUCGUCCCUUACGGCCCGCGCUACUACCUAGCACUUCCUAGCCUCGCGCA